AUGGGUAUGUCUGACGCAUUUGGCAAUAAAAUGUGCAGAUUACUUGGCCAUUGUACAACUACAACGCCUAGACCGAUAGUGCCAACUGGACCGACUGGACCUACAACUUAUACAAUAACUCUAUCACCUACUGGUGCACCUGAUCCACCACCACUACCACCACCGCCGCCGCCGCCGCCACCACCACCUCCUCCACCUCCUCCACCACCGCCACCACCUCCGCCACCAACAACACCGGCAAAUCCACCAGCAAAUCCACCAGCAACACCACCAGCAACACCACCAGCUACACCACCAGCAACGCCACCAGCAACGCCACCAGCAACGCCACCAGGACCUCCGCGAAGAAGAGAUGAACUGGUGACGCCACAGGAAAACAAGAACACCUUUGCUGAAGAUGCAACACCACCAGCAACACCACCAGCUACACCACCAGCUACACCACCAGCAACACCACCAGCUACACCACCAGCAACACCACCAGCAACUCCACCAGCAACUCCACCAGCAACGCCACCUGCAACUCCACCAGCAACGCCACCAGGACCUCCGCGAAGAAGAGAUGAACUGGCGACACCACAGGAAAACAAGAACACCUUUGCUGAAGAUGGUGCCCGGGGUAACGCUAUCGAUUUUAAGAAGCUUUUAAAUGUACAAACCACACCGGCUCCGAUCGUUACGGUAGAGCCAAGUGCUCCAAGUACCUAUACGAUUACAAUUUCUCCAACAAAUACGCAACCUACAACAACAACAUUUACGCCAACAUUACCACCACCACCUCCUCCUCCACCACCUCCUCCUCCACCGCCUCCACCACCUGUGCCAGUCCCAGCGCCUCGUUCUUUGAAUGAUGAUGAUGGUGCUCGACGACGCGGACGAGGCUCAUUCCGUCGUGGUGGUCACAGAUUCCGCCAUGGUCGUACCGGCAGACGUGGAUUUAGACGCGGUAGACGUGGUCGACGUGGCCGAAGAGGCAACAGACGUUUCCGUGGUUAA